UGAUGACGUGUACCAAUCAAAACCAAGGGACAGGAUUUAAAAGACGGCAGAGGGAAUAGUCUCAGGCGCGUUUUGGAUAAGACCCAGUUUGACCAUCAAAAUGACGGAGGAGUCGGCUGUUAAAGUGUGUGUUCGGGUCCGUCCGCUCAUUGCGAGAGAAGAAAGCACGGCAUCAGAGAACACCGAGCCUGUCCAUCUGUUUUGGAAGGCCGAUAAGAAUUCGAUUCAUCAAGUCGAUGAUGGGAAUUCCACGAAGACCUUUAGUUUUGACAGAGUGUUCACUGCUGAAGAAACAACCAAUCAGCUGUACCAGGACAUUGCAAAGCCUCUGGUUGUUUCCACUGUUGAGGGAUACAAUGGAACCAUAUUUGCUUAUGGGCAGACUUCUUCUGGAAAGACCUUCACCAUGAUGGGGGGUGACCAUAUUAUCGGAGUGAUACCGUUGGCUGUGGAAGAUGUCUUCCAUACCAUCAAAAAUUGUCCAAAGAAGGAGUUCCUACUCAGGGUGUCUUACAUGGAAAUCUACAACGAGACUGUGACUGAUCUGCUUGUUGACAGCUGGAAACGGAAACCAUUGGAAGUCCGAGAGGCAAUCAAUAAAAACAUCUACGUGGCCGACCUGACCGAGGAGCUGGUCACAUCUCCUGCACAAGCCCUAGCCUGGAUUCGGAAAGGAGAAAAGAAUCGCCACUACGGAAAAACAAAAAUGAACCAGCGAAGCAGCCGCUCACACACCAUAUUCCGAAUGAUCAUUGAGAGCCGAGAAAGGAGCGACCCUGCAUCAGGUGAAAAUGCGGACGGUGCUAUUAUUGUGUCUCAUUUGAAUUUAGUUGAUCUGGCGGGAUCUGAGAGAGCAAGUCAAACAGGCGCUGAAGGAACGCGUUUCAAAGAAGGUUGCAACAUCAACCGCAGCCUGUUCAUACUUGGCCAAGUGAUCAAGAAAUUGACUGAUGAAAGCCAGAAGGGUUUCACCAACUACAGAGACAGUAAGCUAACCCGAAUCCUGCAGAACUCCUUGGGUGGGAACGCCAAAACAGUCAUCAUCUGUACCAUCACUCCUGUCACUCUGGAUGAGACCCUCAGCACUUUACAGUUUGCUAGCACUGCGAAGAAAAUGAAGAACGACCCCCAUGUGACAGAGGUGUCUGACGAUGGUGCUCUGCUCAAAAGGUACCGCAAUGAAAUUGUGGACCUGAAGCGAAGACUCCACGAGGUUUCCUCAGUCACACAGACCACAGCGACGGAGAAGGAGUUUCUCUCCCAGCUGCUCCAGGAAAAGGAUCAGCUCCGGAUAGAACAGGAGGACCGAAUCAGAAACCUGACCAAACUCCUCGUCACCAGCUCCAACCUGUUUCCUGUAAAAAAGAUGCCUAAGCGCAGAGUUACGUGGGGAGGAAAGCUGCUUCGACUUGCCCAUCCAUCUGCCUGUGGUGCUGGUUCUUCUGACCUCAGCUUUGCAGAAACUUCUAGGAAGAGGAAAGCUGACUGCUCCUGUCUGACGGAGCUGGCUGAUGAUGAUGAGGACUUUGACGCUCACUGGGAGAUUCCCGACGGGCCGUCUGAUGAAAUGGAAAUGAGUCAGACCUCUGUGACUGUUCGAAGCUUUGGAGAAAGUCCCAAAGACUUUUCGUGUCCAGACUGGAUGCCUGGGCUUUCAGGGAAAGUGACCAACCUGGAGCUGCAGCUCAAAAUGGGGAGUCAACAGAAAGAGGAGGCCAUGAAAAAAGUAGAAAGUUUAGAUGGCAGAGUGGCAGAGCUGCAGCUGCAGCUCGACAUGGAGAGUCAACAGAAAGAGGAGGCCAUGACAAAAGUAGAAAGUUUAGAUGGCAGAGUGGCAGAGCUGCAGCUGCAGCUCGACAUGGAGAGUCAACAGAAAGAGGAGGCCAUGACAAAAGUAGAAAGUUUAGAUGGCAGAGUGGCAGAGCUCCAGCUGCAGCUCGAAAUGGGGAGUCAACAGGAAGAGGAGGCCAUGACAAAAGUAGAAAGUUUAGAUGGCAGAGUGGCAGAGCUGCAGCUGCAGCUUGACAUGGAGAGUCAACAGAAAGAGGAGGUCACGACAAAAGUAGAAAGUUUAGAUGGCAGAGUGGCAGAGCUGCAGCUGCAGCUUGACAUGGAGAGUAAACAGAAAGAGGAGGCCAUGACAAAAGUAGAAAGUUUAGAGCUGCAGCUGCAGACAGAGGCCGGGCAGAAUCGGGAAGCCUGGGAGAAACUGCAGACAGCAGAACAGUGGGCAGCAGAGCUGCAGCAGCAGACAGCAGCUCAGCAGAAGCUGGAGGCCGAGGAGAAGGUGCUGAUGCUGGAUUUGAAAGUGGCAGACCUGGAGAGACGGCUGGAAGAGCAGAGCCACAGUCAGGCUCAAAAUGAACAGAUGAGAAAAGAGUUUGCCGAAACCAUCCAGCUCUGUGAAACUCUGGCUUCAGAGAAGGACGUGGUGGCUGCCGAGCGAGACUAUCUGAAGCAGGAGCUGGGGAUGUUCAUCGAGCAGACCGAGCGCCUGGAGAAGGACAAAGACGCUCUGUCGCACGAGCUGGAAGAGAAGAGCGAGACGGAUGAGUUCAAAUCUCUGGAGGAGGAGUUCAGGAAGGAGUAUGAGAACGAGUUGCAAAAUAAAAUCUCCACUUUGAAGAGGGUCAUUGAAUCGUCUGAAGUCCAACGCCAGGAGCUUCAGAACAAAGUAGAGACUCUCUCUGUGGAGCUAAAGAAGAAAAGUGAAUUUGCAGAGGAACUUCAGAGUAUGAGUGGUAAGGACCUGCUGCAGGAGGUGGCAGAGCUGCGUCGCUCCGUGGACGACGCAGAGGGAGUCAGCAGAGACACGAAGAAGGAAUGGGCUUUCCUGCGCAGUCAAAACAUCUCUCUGGAGGAGACAAAUGUAACCCUGACUGCCAACCACGACAAAAUGGAGGCCGAGGUGAACAGCCUGCGCUCUCAACUCUCAACUGAGAAGUCACGCUACAGAGGGAUGGAGAGCGAUCUCCAAAAAGGGCUGAAUGUUGCAUUUGCUGAGAACACCAAGCUAACUGCUCUGCUCGAUGGCAAAGUCCCAAAAGAUCUCCUGGACCGUGUGGAGCUUGAGAGCGUGGUAGCCAAUCUGAGCAAAGAACUGACGGUGUCUCGUGAAGCAGAGGGAGCUCUUGGAGCUCAGCUGGAGGAGCUGGCUUCACUGCACACCCUGCCAGAGAAGGUGGACAACUUGAUGAAGCAGGUGUGCGAGUUGACCGAGGAUCUGUGUGCUGUCCAGACUCAGAGGGACGGUCUGCUCUCAGCCCAAGCUCAGUGUCAGGAGGAGGCUCAGCAGCUCCGAGGCUUCCUGGAGACAUCUCAGGACGAGCUGGUGAAAGUCCAAGCGGACCUCGUCGCUGCUGCUCUGAGGGAGCAGGAGCUGCUCCAGCAGUGUGCCGAUGUUACACAGCGCUCCGAUGCUGAGAGGAGUCAGCUCGUGGCUCGCCUCGAAGACACAGGCUGCAAACUGGAGGAGAGUGACCAGCAAAGAACGUCGCUGGUCGACCGACUGAGUGAGAUGCAACACAAGGUGCAGGCUCUGGAGGAGAUGCUGGCCGACAGCGAAGCUGCCAGAAGCACAGAGGAGGAGAUCGGCAAAGAGCUUCAAGAACAAAUGAAGCAGCUGACUGAGGAGCUUCAGGUUGUGCGAGCGGAGUGUCAGCAGCAGAAAGCUGCAGAGCAGUCGGAGCAGCUGAGGACGGCGCUGCAGCACGAUGUAGACACGAGUCUGACACAGGAGAUUCAGACAGAGACUCUUCUGACGACUGGAGCUCCGAGCUCCGCAGAGCUGCUAUCUGCACUGACAACUGUGACUGCCGAGAGAGACCAGCUCAAGACGGACCUGCAGGAGAACGUGGAGAUGAUGAUUGAGAAUCAGGAGGAGCUGAGGACGGCUCUGGAGAAGAACCGUGAGCAUAGGGAGCGGAUCAGACAGCUGGAGACGACACGGACAUCCACACAGGACGGUUCUGCCCAACUGGAGCCAUUACAGACACAUAUAAUGCAGCUGCAGGCGACUCUCCAGGAAGUGGGUGAGCAGAGGAGCCAGCUGGAACGUGAGCUGCAGCAUCAUAUGGAGAUGGCUGCGGAGACUCAAAGUCUUCUACAACUGCUCCAGGAGCAAAAUCAGAGCAGCAUUGAGCUGGAAAGACAAAGCGAGGAGAGGCGAGCUCAGCUCCAACAAGAGGUUGCAGAGAAGCAGUGUCUUCUACAGUCUCUCCAGGAGGAGCUGAACCAGCAGAAGCACAAACACUCUGAUCUGCUGAAACAGUGUGAGGAGAGGGAACGUGACUCACAGCAGCAAACAAAGUCUCUCAGCGAACAGCUGGAGAGUGCUCGAGCAGAGAGGGACAGCCUGCUCUGUGAGAAGGACGCUGGCUGCCGGGGCUCCUCGGAGGAGAAGCAGCAGCAGCAGCAGCAGCAGCAGCAGCUGCUGAGCAGAGUGACAUCUCUCUGCGAGGAGAGCGAUCAGCUGCAGGAGACCCUGCAGGGACUGAGGCAGGAUAGGCAGCAGCUCAGAGCAGAGCUGGAGGACAAGAUAGAGACGAUGAAGACUCUAACAGAGAAGCUGGAGCUCAGUGAGUCAGAGAGAGACCGUCUGCUGUGUGAGGAGGAAGCCAGCUGUCAGAGAGUGACGCGUCUCAGUGAAGAGAGGGAUCAGCUGCAGGAGACACUGCAGCAGCUCAGAGCAGAGCUGGAGGACAAGAUAGAGACGAUGAAGACUCUAACAGAGAAGCUGGAGCUCAGUGAGUCAGAGAGAGACAGUCUGCUGUGUGAGGAGGAAGCCAGCUGUCAGAGAGUGACGCGUCUCAGUGAGGAGAGGGAUCAGCUGCAGGAGACACUGCAGCAGCUCCGAGCAGAGCUGGAGGACAAGAUAGAGACGAUGAAGACUCUAACAGAGAAGCUGGAGCUCAGUGAGUCAGAGAGAGACAGUCUGCUGUGUGAGGAGGAAGCCAGCUGUCAGAGAGUGACGUGUCUCAGUGAGGAGAGGGAUCAGCUGCAGGGGACACUGCAGCAGCUCCGAGCAGAGCUGGAGACACUGCACACUGAGAUGAAGACUCUAACAGAGAAGCUGGAGCUCAGUGAGUCAGAGAGAGACCGUCUGCUGUGUGAGGAGGAAGCCAGCUGUCAGAGAGUGACGUGUCUCAGUGAGGAGAGGGAUCAGCUGCAGGAGACACUGCUGCAGCUCAGAGCAGAGCUGGAGACACUGCAGACUGAGGCCUCUACAACACAAGAGCUUCUACAGUCAGUCCAAGAGGAGCUGUGUGAACAGCAGCAGCUGAACUCUGACCUGCAGAGACUGAAUGAGGAGAAGGAGAGUUCUCUAGAUCAACAGAUAAAGACUCUAACAGAGAAGCUGGAGAUCAUUGAGUCAGAGAGAGACGGUCUGCUGUGCGAGGAGGAAGCCAGCUGUCAGAGAGUGACAUGUGUCAGCGAGGAGAGGGAUGAGCUGCAGGAGACACUGCUGCAGCUCAGAGCAGAGCUGGAGGACAAGAUGGAGACGAUCUCUGCCAUUCAAGAGAAACUGAGGGAACAGCAGCAGCAACCUGAGAGAGUAGAACAAGAGGCCAAGCUGCAACAGGAAUUGCUCAGUGAAGCCAACACGACCAUCUCAGCCCUCAGAGAGCAGCUGAGCAAUUUGGACGGCGGCUUCGCCUCAUCGCGGCUGCUCCGCUCCACUGAGCAGCUGCAGGAGACCUUCGUAGGGUUCCAGCAACUUAUAGACACUUGUUCCAAACACAUCUCCACACCCAUGGACGAGAUUCUGAGAGUGCCGGGUUCCAUGAAGUAUUUUCAUCUGCCCUCUCUUCCUGAAACCAACAAGGACACCUACACUUCUAUCUGUAAGCUGGGACUGCAGACUGUUCAGACUCUGGGAUACAUAAUGGUUCGCCUACGGGUGCAGGCCCAGAACUACAGGAAUUGCUUUGAGGAGUUGGUGAAGAAAGACUUGGCUGUGUUCGAGGAGCGGCGGCUGCAGGACGUGCUGCUGUGCAGAGUGCAAGCGCCCAGCCUCUCCGUCAGCGACGCAGACCUCCACACAGUGUGGGCAACCAGACUGACGGAGCUGCUGGACAAGAGGCAGCUCUACCAGCAGAAAAUGUCCAGCAUUUUGGAGCAGCUCUGGGCCAACGUGGCUCCUCAUCCCAGUGGGCUGUCUGCCGAGGUCACAGAGAGGAAGUGUUUCAAGGAGCAGCUCCAAGACGUGUUCGCCACCCAGCCAAUCAGCUACAGUCGGUUCAACAGCAUCCUGAGCUGCGAGCUGCAGCGCAGAGCCGCGUUGGCACACAGCAAGACUCUGACUCUGCAGGGCAUCGCUGAUGAGCAGAGUGGCCUCAGUGAGGAGCUGAAGCUGCUGGAGGCUCAGGCUCACUCUCAGCUCCGAGCGGAGGAGAGCAGGACUUCCACUCUGCUGCAGGUUCGAGACGGAGCCGCUCUGAAGACAGAGCUCUCGCUGCUGAAGGACCACCAGCAGCUCCUGCUCCAGCUCCAACAGACUGAGGAAACAGUCAAAGCUCUGCGUGAACACAGUGAGCAGCUGGAAGAGGCUCAGGUCAGAGCCCACAACAUGGUGUCCAACCACAAACAGGCCACCCAGCUGCUGCAGACCGAGCUGCAGAACUGCCAGGCUCAGAGCGAGGAGAAGGAAAACACCAUCCAGACGCUCCGGAGCAAACUGCGCGAGUCUGAGAAAAAAGCUUCACCCAGUGCUGCGGAGCUGGAGAAACUCAAGACUAGACUGUUCAAAAUGGAGGCUGAGUUGAGUUCAGCAUCUGAUAAACACCACCAACAGGUCCAGAGGAUGACCACGGCACUGAAUGAGAAAGAGGAUUCGUUGAGGAAGCUGAAGGAGACCGUGAGGAGAUCACAGCAGCAGGGAGAGGAGUCAUUCUUGCAGGGGCAGGAGCUUCAUGAUAAACUGACCAACCCCAGAGGUUUAGUGAUCAAGAGCAGCAUUCUUCUGGACAAGGCCAAACUGGAGGAGGAGGUCAAACGGCUUCACCUCAAAAUAACUGAGCUGGAACGCUCGCUGUCCGCUCAGCACACGGAGAUCGGCAAGUGGAAGAACCGAGCCAUCAAGCUGAAGGCGAGGAGCAAACAUGAAGUGGACAAGCCUUUAUCACCCUGCACUCCGACCAAGAGGGGCCCUCCAUUGACCUCCGACCCCUCCAGCUUCCUCUGCUCACCCAAGAGAUUCCUGGUUACUCCCAGGAAUCUCCUGGACUCUCCCAGGAAUGUCCUGGACUCUCCCAGGAAGCUGCUGGACUCUCCCAGGAAGCUGCCCGACUCUCCCAAGGUCUCUCUGCUCCACUCCCCCAAAAGCCGAUUCUUCGAUGUGGGCGGGACCUCCGAGCUGCUCUCCCAAAGCUGUCCCAGGCAGUUCUUUGACAACUCUAGCCUCGGCACCAUUCCAGAGGUUUCCCACGUUCCUGAUUCUCCAGACACAGAGAAGGAUGCAGCUGCAGGCGCAGCCAGAAAAGACGAGUGGUGUCCUCAGUCUCCCAAACAAGAGGACAUGUGUAAAACCCAGUAAAAUAUUUCCAUGUUUUUAAAUGGUUUGUCUUGUCAAUACUUCUGUUUCCUUUAUCAUCUUGUGUUUUUGUUUUGUCUUUUCCAUUUUUCACUUUGAAUAUUAAACGUAUUACUAAUAAACUCUGUCUCCUUCA